GAUAGUAAUUAAACAUUUAAAGUGAAAUAGUUUUUAUUCAAACAUUUUAAGGUUAUUUUCUCUUCAAAUCAUUAACAUCUUGAUUUUGUUUUUCACAUGCUACCAUAAUUAUAAGUGAGAAUAUAAUCAACAAAUUUUUCACUUCCUUUGUUGGCAUUUUCGAUAAUUUCAAUAAAAUAACAACGAUAUAAUUUACUCUACCUAUAUUAGUUGUCGAUAAAAUUGAACAAACUUAAAAAUGGCAACGAAUUCAUUAAAUCAAACCAACUCACGAAUGUUUUGCCUAUUGUUGUUGUUUUUAUUAUCUAGUCAUUUUAUAUGUUCAUCAUUUGCCGCAAUCACAAGAAAAUAUUGUCAAACAUCAAAUGAUUGUAAUGAAAAUCAAUGCUGUAUUGAAUCACCAAUGGGAAAGAAAUUCUGUCUUGAUUAUGAACGAUCUGGCGAAACUUGUUUUUAUCGUUUCAGGAUGCCGACUUGUGGUUGUGCACGAGGAUUAAAAUGCGUUUCAACAAGUCCAAUGCAACCGGGUGAUUGGAAUCAUGAUUAUAUUUGUUCAAGAGUACGACCAUUCCAAUAUCAUAAAUUAGUUCCAUAUUUUAAUGAUAAUGAUGAUGAUAAUCAUUUAUAAAACCUAUAAAAUUACAUUCCUAAUUGUUUCAUUUUGCCAAAAAAUCUUUAUUAUUGUAAUAAUAAAAAGAAAUUAAUUAACCAA